GGCCCGGAUGACGCAUUUAGACCGGGCCGACAGUACGGAGUUGGGGGUAUAAAGUUCGCAGAGGGCCCCCUACUUCCGUCCCUUCAUUCCCAUCCACCACUUCGACCAUGUCCUUCGGAAAACGCGUCCCCCUCGGUAGCGAAUACACCAUUCCCCAGAUCGGACUGGGCACCUGGCUCUCCAAGCCCAAGGAAGUCGAAAACGCCGUCGAGUACGCAGUGAAGAACGGCUACCGUCACCUCGAUCUCGCGUACAUCUACGGCAACCAAGACGAAGUUGGGGCUGCGCUGAAGAAAGUGAUCCCUAGUGUCGUGAAACGAGAGGAUCUCUUCAUCACUUCCAAACUCUGGAACACCGCUCACAAGCCUGAGCUGGUAGAGAAAGAACUGGAUAUUACGUUGAAGGAGCUUGGGACGGAUUACUUGGAUUUGUACCUGGUCCACUGGCCAGUUGCAUUUGCACCCUCGGAUAAGGUUAGGGGAUUGGAGCCUCCCAGUCCAGAGGACCCGAAUUUCGUGGAACUUGACCUGGAAACCACCAUCGUCGAGACUUGGAAAGCAAUGAUCACGCUCCCAAAAUCCAAGGUCAGAGCCAUCGGCGUAUCCAAUUUCAAUAUAGAACAACUUGAGGGAAUCAUCAAGGCGACUGGGGUCGUUCCGGUUGCCAACCAGAUCGAGGCACACCCGUACCUACCCCAGGAUGACCUCGUCAAAUACUGCAACGAAAAGAAGAUACAUAUCACAGCCUACAGUCCCCUUGGUAACAACAUGUUCAACAAGCCAAAACUAACUGAACAUCCUGUCAUCACCGAAAUUUCCAACAAACUGGGUGCCACCCCGGCCCAAGUUUUGAUUGCGUGGGGCGUGUAUCGAGGAUACUCUGUCAUUCCCAAGAGUGUACAGGAAGAGAGGCUGGUCUCAAACUUCAAGCAGGUUGAACUCAGUAAGGAGGACUACGAAAAGAUUUCGACUCUUGGUGCGAAGGAGCACACGAGAUUCAACAUCCCCUACGCUUACUCUAAGCCCAACUGGAAUGUCAAUGUCUUCAACGAGCCUGAGGAGCAGUCGGCCAAGUACAAGCCAAACCUUGGGAUUUGAAUAGCGGUGAUGGAAAAGAAGGCAAAUAAUGUGAAUUAUGAUGUAUCCUAACUUGUAGUUGCUAACUUGGAUCCUUUCG